AUGAAAUAUGAUUUUAAUGGUGGUCGAGCUAUAGGUGCCAUCGUCGGUAUUAUUUCAGCUUGUAGUCUUUUUGUUUUGCUUGUUGCUUGUUGUCUUGUCUAUUUUCGUCGUUAUUUACAACGAAAAGUUUUAUUUUCAUCAUGUACUGAUGGUAAAGGAUUUGGUGGUGGAAGAGGUGGAGGUGGUAGAGGUGGAGGUAGUAGAGGUGGAGGAUCUUGGGGUGGUUCAAAAGGUUCAGGAACAUUCGGUGGACCAUCAAGUUAUAAUCGUGUAAAUAGUUAUGGAAGUUACAAUAGUAUGAGUAAGGGCCGUUCCGGAAGUAGUUUUAAAAGUAAUGCUAUGAGUUUUGGUGCUGGAGCAUUAGGUGGUAUAGCAGCAUAUUCUUUAAUGAGAUCAAUGUCAUCAUCGUAUCAUUCAAGACCUGGAUAUUAUGAACCAGGCUAUGGAACUGGAGAGACAUGUACAAAUAAUGAAGAUCUAAAUGGUACACGAUUUGGACGAUUUCGUUGUCCAUUAAAUGGAUUUCCAAUAGAAGCAAAAUAUUGUUGUGGUGAAUAUGAAAAACAAUAUUGUUGUAUUCGUGACGACAAUAGUGGUGCGUUCCGUGGUGCUUCGAGUUUUGGUUGGAUACUUCUUAUUAUAAUAAUGAUUGCUAUUGCCAUUGUUCUUAUUUCAAGACAUCGUCGACAAAAACAAAAAGCUGUUGUAAUGGUUCCAAUGGAACCAACAAUUGAUGAACAACAGGGAACACCUUUUUAUCAUCCACCACCACCACCAAUGGGUUAUCCACCACCACCAACUGGAAAUCCAUAUGCACCACAAAAUUAUGAUGGAAAUUUUAAUUCUUUUCCACAGCAAUAUCAAACACCGUAUCCACCUCAACAACAGAUGCCAUAUCUACCUCCACAACAAAUGCCAUAUCCACCACAGCAACAAAUGCAAUAUCAAUCUCAACAACAACAAUCAUAUAAUCCGUAUUCAGUUAAAGAAGGUGGCCCACCAGCGUAUGAAGUUGCUAUACAUAAUAAUCAAGGUGUAUCUUCGAUAAAGCCCACAUAA